AUGGGUGUCAUGUCUGAAAAACCCAUUCAUGAACUUCCUAUGCAUUCUACUGACACCACAUUUUCUCCUCCUUCCUCUAAAAGGUUGGAAGGAAAAGUUGCUAUUGUUACAGGAGGAGCCAGAGGAAUUGGAGAAGGCACAGUGAGAAUUUUUGUGAAACAUGGUGCAAAAGUAGUAAUUGCUGAUGUUGAAGAUGAACUUGGAACAAUCCUUGCGAAUUCACUCUCUCCUUCAACCACCUACAUCCAUUGUGAUGUUAGCAUUGAAAAAGAUGUAGAAAACUUAGUGACUUCCACGGUUUCUCACUACGGAAAACUCGACAUCAUGUUCAACAAUGCAGGCGUUCUUGGAAACCAAUCCAAGAACAAAAGCAUUGUGAACUUCGACCCGGACGAAUUCGACCGAGUCAUGAGUGUUAAUGUUAAAGGAGUAGCUUUAGGGAUGAAACAUGCAGCAAGAGUGAUGAUUCCUAGAGGAUUUGGUUGCAUAAUAUCUUCAGCUAGUGUAGCUGGAAUUUCAGGAGGACUUGGUCCACAUGUUUAUACAGCUUCAAAGCAUGCUAUAGUUGGAUUAACAAAGAACGCUUCUUGUGAAUUGGGAAAAUAUGGGAUUAGGGUUAAUUGUGUUUCACCAUUUGGUGUUGCAACAUCUAUGCUUGUGAAUGCUUGGAGAAAAAGUGAUGAUGAAGUUGAUGAUCAUGAUGGUGGAAUUAAUUCUGGAUUGCCUUUAGUUGAAGAAGUUGAGAAAAUGGAGGAAUUUGUUCGAGGGAUUGGUAAUUUGAGAGGAACAACUUUAAGGGUUCAAGAUAUAGCUGAAGCUGUUCUUUAUCUUGCUAGUGAUGAAUCUAGGUAUGUUAGUGGUCAUAAUCUUGUAGUUGAUGGUGGAGUUACUUCCUCAAGAAAUUGUAUUGGACUUUGA